UCACACAUCUGUCAUCGACCGUCUAGCUAGCUCCAGAAGCCAACCCUCCCCCUCCCCCUGCACCAGCCGCCUCAAAAAUAGCGCGCGUUACGCCAUCGAUGCCGGCCGGCAGGGGCGUACGUAUCUAUAAAUAGGAGCCGGCUGUUUGCGACAUAUCCAUUUGCAGUGCUUCAAGAGAUACGUCGCACAUCUCCAGAAGACACGUCCGUGGUUACCCACUUCGUCUGUCCACCCGAAUCUCUUUAAGUGCCAAAACCCACCACUACGAAAAAUGCGUGAGUGUAUCUCUAUCCACGUGGGGCAGGCUGGUGUGCAGAUCGGCAAUGCAUGCUGGGAGCUGUACUGUCUGGAACAUGGUAUCCAGAAGGACGGGACCAUGGAGGCGGACCACAAGACGCCCAACUUCAGCGGAGACGACUCCUUCAGCACCUUCUUUAGCGAGACCGACGCCGGCAAACACGUGCCCAGGGCGGUCUUCGUCGAUCUCGAACCCACGGUUAUAGACGAGACGAGGACGGGGCAGUACCGUGCACUCUUCCACCCCGAGCAGCUCAUCUCCGGUAAGGAGGACGCGGCGAACAACUACGCGCGCGGCCACUACACCAUCGGCAAGGAGAUCGUGGAUGUGGUGGUGGAGCGGAUUCGCAAACUGGCGGAUCAGUGCACAGGCCUGCAGGGGUUCCUGGUGUUCCACAGCUUCGGCGGCGGGACUGGGUCAGGGUUCACCUCGCUUCUCAUGGAGCGUCUGUCCGUGGACUACGGCAAGAAGUCCAAACUGGAGUUCGCCGUCUAUCCAGCACCACAGGUGUCCACGGCAGUGGUAGAACCCUACAACUCCAUCCUGACCACCCACACCACCCUGGAGCACUCCGACUGCGCCUUCAUGGUCGACAACGAGGCCAUCUACGACAUCUGCCGCCGGAACCUGGACAUCGAGCGCCCGACCUACGUCAACCUGAACCGCCUGAUCGGCCAGAUCGUGUCGUCCAUCACCGCCUCCUUGCGGUUCGACGGCGCACUGAACGUGGACCUGACGGAGUUCCAGACCAACCUGGUGCCGUACCCGCGGAUCCACUUCCCGCUGGUGACGUACGCUCCCAUCAUCUCCGCGGAGAAGGCCUACCACGAGACGCUGAGCGUGUCUGAUAUCACCAACGCCUGCUUCGAACCCACCAACCAGAUGGUGAAAUGUGACCCCCGUCACGGUAAGUACAUGGCCUGCUGUAUGCUGUACCGUGGUGACGUGGUGCCCAAGGACGUUAACGCCGCCAUCGCCACCAUCAAGACCAAGCGGACCAUUCAGUUCGUAGACUGGUGUCCUACUGGCUUCAAGGUCGGCAUCAACUACCAGCCCCCCACGGCCGUGCCUGGCGGAGACCUGGCCAAGGUGCCCCGGGCCGUGUGUAUGCUGAGUAACACCACAGCUAUCGCCGAGGCCUGGGCCAGGCUAGACCACAAGUUUGACCUGAUGUACGCCAAGCGUGCCUUUGUACACUGGUACGUGGGGGAGGGUAUGGAGGAGGGAGAGUUCAGCGAAGCCCGAGAGGAUCUGGCAGCUCUGGAGAAGGAUUACGAAGAGGUGGCAACAGACUCCAUGGAUGGUGAGGGGGAGGAAGACCUGGACGAGGAGUAUUAAAUCCUGAAAAUCAACACCAAGCCUGAAAAGAUUAACUACACAUAACAACACGUGCCAGUAAUAUUGUACUGUAUACUGUAUGGUCACAGUUCCACAAUGGAUUGAUAAUCCACACUUUCUUUAGCUGGUGUUUUUCGGCGAAGGGUGGUUAUACCGGCUAUAUAGAUACAGAAAACGUUCAAGAAGUAACACAAAAUAUCCAUCAUUUCCAUAAUCAGUAAAUGGUAUUAAAAGAUAACUCCUGAGUCCUUUUUGAAGGGUGUACAUGUACGUAGAAAGUAGACUAUGAAAUGAGCAAUACUUUCUUUUUGUACUGCGAACUGAACUGAUUGAAUACGUUCAAUAGAGUAUGAAGGCGACCCUUUGACGUUGCCGUAGUGCUCUUUCGUCGAGGUUUAAGAAAUGUUAAAGAUGAUAGAUUAAUGAAAUAAAAUAGCCAUAAUA